AUGGCCGACACCAACAGCAGCUCCGAGGGCGCUGUCCCUCGUGGCACCGACACCCGAGGUGCUGCCUUCGACGAGAAGAAGAACUACGAUGAGAAGCCCAAGGCGCCCCCGCCCAAGGCCGGCAACUUUGACGAUGACGACGAGGAGGACGAGGACAUGGACGCCCUUAUUGCCGAGCUCGAGUCCCAGGAUGCCAACAUUGACCCCGAAGAAGAGGAAACCCAGCCCGGCGGCGCGAGGCCUGUGCCCGAGGAGCUCCUGCAAACCAGCACCGUCACCGGUCUCUCCAACGACGAAGUCACCGCCCGUCGGAAGAAGUAUGGUCUGAAUCAGAUGAGCGAGGAGAAGGAGAACCUCAUCCUGAAGUUCCUCAUGUAUUUCGCCGCUGCCAUUCUCGCUGCUGGUCUUCAGGACUGGGUCGAUUUCGGUGUCAUUUGCGCUCUCUUGUUGCUAAACGCAACUGUCGGUUUCGUCCAGGAGUUCCAGGCUGGAUCCAUUGUCGACGAGCUCAAGAAGACGCUUGCCCUCAAAGCAACCGUUCUCCGGAGCGGCACUCUCACUGAAAUCGAGGCCCCCGAGGUCGUGCCUGGCGAUAUCCUCCAGAUCGAAGAGGGCACCAUCAUCCCCGCCGACGGCCGCGUCGUCACCGAAGAUGCUUUCCUACAGGUCGACCAAUCCGCCAUCACUGGCGAGUCGCUGGCCGUCGACAAGCACAAGGGCGAUACUUGCUUCGCUUCGUCCGCCAUCAAGCGUGGCGAAGCCUUCAUGGUUGUCACGGCUACUGGUGACAGCACCUUUGUCGGCCGUGCUGCUUCCCUGGUUGCCUCAGCUCAAGCCGGAACCGGCCAUUUCACCGAGGUCUUGAACGGUAUCGGUGUCGUCCUCCUGAUUUUGGUCAUCUUCACCCUGCUCAUCGUGUGGGUAUCCUCUUUCUACCGGUCAAACCCCAUCGUUAAGAUUCUGGAGUUCACUCUUGCCAUUACCAUCAUCGGCGUUCCUGUCGGUCUUCCGGCUGUCGUCACCACAACCAUGGCCGUCGGUGCUGCCUAUCUCGCCAAGAAGCAAGCCAUUGUCCAGAAACUUUCGGCCAUCGAGUCGCUGGCUGGCGUCGAGAUUCUCUGCUCCGACAAGACUGGUACUUUGACCAAGAACAAGCUCUCGCUGGCAGAGCCCUUCACCGUCGCUGGCGUCGAGCCCGAUGAUCUGAUGCUCACUGCCUGUUUGGCUGCCUCCCGCAAGAAGAAGGGUAUCGAUGCCAUCGACAAAGCAUUCCUCAAAUCGCUCAAGUACUAUCCCCGCGCCAAGAGCGUUUUGUCCAAGUACAAGGUCCUGGAUUUCCAUCCCUUCGACCCUGUUUCCAAAAAGGUGCAAGCUGUCGUCGAGUCCCCUCAGGGAGAACGCAUCAUUUGCGUCAAAGGCGCUCCGCUCUUCGUUCUCAAGACGGUCGAGGAGGACCACCCUAUUCCGGAAGUCAUUGAUGACGCAUACAAGAACAAGGUCGCCGAAUUUGCCACCCGUGGCUUCCGCUCUCUCGGUGUUGCCAGGAAGCGUGGUGACAGCUCGUGGGAGAUCCUGGGUAUCAUGCCCUGCUCAGACCCGCCUCGUCACGACACGGCUCGCACCAUCAACGAAGCCAAGACUCUUGGUCUUUCCAUCAAGAUGUUGACGGGAGAUGCUGUCGGUAUUGCCCGCGAGACGUCUCGCCAGCUCGGUCUUGGAACCAACGUGUACAACGCCGAGCGUCUUGGACUCGGCGGUGGUGGUGAGAUGCCUGGUUCGGACAUCUAUGACUUUGUCGAAGCUGCCGACGGUUUCGCCGAGGUCUUCCCCCAGCACAAGUACAACGUCGUCGAGAUCCUGCAACAGCGUGGCUACCUCGUGGCCAUGACUGGUGAUGGUGUGAAUGACGCACCGUCGCUGAAGAAGGCCGAUACUGGUAUCGCCGUCGAGGGUGCUUCGGAUGCUGCUCGUUCUGCUGCCGAUAUCGUCUUCCUCGCGCCUGGUCUGUCCGCCAUCAUCGAUGCCUUGAAGACUUCCCGCCAGAUCUUCCACCGUAUGUACGCGUACGUCGUGUACCGUAUUGCUUUGUCGCUCCACUUGGAAAUUUUCCUAGGUCUCUGGAUCGCCAUCUUAAACACCUCUCUCAAUCUUGAGCUUGUUGUCUUCAUCGCCAUCUUCGCCGACAUUGCCACCCUGGCCAUUGCCUACGACAAUGCGCCCUUCUCCAAGACGCCUGUCAAGUGGAAUCUGCCUAAGCUCUGGGGCAUGUCUGUUCUGCUCGGAGUGGUCCUGGCUAUUGGCACUUGGAUUGCCCUCACGACCAUGUUCCCCUACCAGGAUCUGCCCAAUGCAGCCGGUCAAGGUGUCUCGGGUGGUAUCGUCCAGAACUUUGGUGUUCGCGAUGAAGUCCUCUUCCUGCAGAUUUCGCUCACGGAGAACUGGCUCAUCUUCAUUACGCGUGCCAACGGACCCUUCUGGAGCUCGAUCCCGUCGUGGCAGCUUACCGGAGCGAUCCUGGUGGUCGACAUCAUCGCAACUUUCUUCUGCCUGUUCGGCUGGUUCAUCGGCGGCGAGACGUCGAUCGUGGCCGUCGUUCGUAUCUGGAUCUACUCGUUCGGCGUCUUCUGCGUCAUGGGCGGCGUCUACUAUCUGCUGCAGGACAGCGUCGGUUUUGACAACCUGAUGCACGGAAAGUCGCCCAAGAAGGAUUCGAAGCAGAGGAAGCUCGAGGAUUUCGUCGUGUCCCUCCAGCGUGUAUCCACGCAGCACGAGAAGAGCAACUAA